AUUUGGCUCAAAUUCUUCAUUCUCACUACGAAGAGGGAAAAAAUAAAGCAAGUGAUCAACGACACCCAACUAUUCUGGAAAAAAGAUCCGGAGAACAGCCAGAAUCAACAACAACUGAAGUAUCUUGCUAAAUUCGAAAGGAUAUUUUUAUCAUACAUAGGUUGCAGUACUUGCAUGUUUUUGUUCAAACCCCUAUUGGUGGAAGGGACAACUAUCUACUACUAUUAUAGAAUACCGCAGAUUCCAUUUUCUGUAUCGUAUGCCAUAGAAUUUUAUGUGACACUCGUAACUAUGUCCAUGGUUAUAGCCGUCAACUUAUUCAUUGCGAUCGUUAUCGUACUAGGAGCCGGCCAAUUCAGUAAUUUGAAUGCAAACAUAAGACAACUUGACUGUAGUAAAGCCGAAGAAAAUGAAGAAGCAAUGAAAAUCUGUAUUUUGGAAAUCAACGAAAACGUCAUAUAUCACCAAUUCCUCAUUAGGUAUGUGAGACGACUGGAUGAUAUAUUUUCCAUGAUGUUCGUAGUUCUAAUCGGGAUAAUAACUGCAUUGCUCUGUAUGAAUAUGUAUGUCCUAUCCCUGCCGCAUACAACCGUAGUGGAUAUGAUUCGUUGUGGAACUAUGGUGUGUGCGUUCAAUAUCGAAUUUUUAUUACUAUACGGUGUUCCUGCACAGAGACUGAUGGAUGAGGCUGAAGAAGUGGCAAAUUCUGCCUUUUAUCACUGUGAGUGGUACCUUCCCAAUAUAAUACCUGCGAGAAAAGCUCUAACCUACAUGAUACAUCGAAGUCAAACAUCGGUAUGUUUAUCAGCGAUGGGAUUUAUUGACAUCAACAGACAAACCAUAGUGGCGAUGCUGAAAACUGCUUACUCAUUCUUCACAUUUCUUCAAACGGUUCAACCGAGCGAUGGAUCGAAUAAAUAAUUCAAAUUCAGUAAACACGUUUUGUAGUUAGAUAUCCACUGUUUUU